AUGCACAUUUGCUGUGCGUGGGCUCGAAAACGUCAGCCCGAACGCGCGUUGGCCAUGAUGCCCGAGCUGCGCGACCGCUUUCUUCAUUGCGAGUCUUCGUACAGGGCCCAAGCGACAGCAUCGAUGCGCGCCAGUGUCUAUGACCCACUGCUCUCGGUGUUCAAGGGGCAGGGCGAUUGGCGCAGCACGCACGAGGCGAUCGCUCAGAUGCACCAGUUGGGCCUCACGCCAACGAUACGUGCGUUUCGAGUGCUCAUGUUGACGUUGGCCAAAGCACAGCAGACAGAUCGAGUGCUGACGACGGUGGCCUUCGUCGAAAAGAAGUUCCCGGACCUUUGGACAGACGUGACCACGCUCACAUCUAUGUGUCAAGCCCUCGUGCAAGUUGACGAACACCAGCGCGUUCUCUGCAUUUACGAUAAACUUGACGACAAGUGGGUUCGUGAGAAGGCUAGCAUCAUGCUGUGGAACCAGUUUCUACUCGCCGCUGUUCGCAAGGAAGCCAUCGAGGGAGACCAGUGCAUGACGUCGACGAGUUUGCCUGUCGCGAGGAAGAUUUUCGACAGCAUACAUGAGGCUCAUGUUGCCGCCCCCGACGACUUCACAUUUGCGACGUACAUGAUGGGGCUGGAAAAUCAUGGCGAAUGGCAACGUAUGCUUGAUUUGUUCAGCACGAUGGUAUCGACCCAAACGCGUGAUCAGAGCGAAGAAUCGAGUAAUCGAAAAGCGCCAGUGAUCAAUGCUCUUUCUUGUGCUGCUGUGCUCCGAGCACUUUACAAGAUGCGUGAAGUCGCUGUUUCUGACUUAAAGAAAAAGGGAGAGCCACAUGCUGCUACGAAGGUGAAGACGUUGUUGCGAGAUGCACAGCACCGAAUGGACCAGGACUUGGCUGCCGUGCUACAGCAGGUUCGCACAGUAGAUCUUCGAAACAUAGGGCAUGCUUCGACAUUGAUUGAUACCUUGGAUGAAUUCAAGCUGUUCUCUGCAGCACGUGACACAUUUAAUCGCGUGCUCGAUGAAGGUGUUAUUCAGAAGACGCCGUGGAGACUGAAAGACGGCUUUGAGAUCGACUUGCACACGUUCUCUCGCGGCGUAGCAAAGUGCGCUGUCGUGUCUGCGUUCGAUGAGAUUACGCGUUCUCAGCAAAGUGUAGACGAUGCUUCUCUUGGUUGGAAUGCACCGAUCCAGGACCUUCGCAUCAUCAUUGGAAUCGGGAAGCGCAGUCGGACGUUCAUGAAGCCUGUCCUCAGGCAAGAAAUUACCAAUUUACUUACAAAAUGCAGCCGGCCGCCACUUUGGCCUUCGACACACCCGACGAACCCUGGCGUUUUGAUCGUGCGCCAUAACGCUUUGCGCAAAUGGCUUUCGAAAGGCGGCGCUAUCCGAUACUUCUGA